ACGUAUUCCAGUAUUCUCUUUCACUUCAUACAUCCCACAUCCCACCAUGCCCGCGUCUCAACCCCUCCAGCUCCUCUUCCUUGGAACAGCCACGUCCACGGGCCUCCCACUCACUCCCUGCCUCACCCUUUCCACCCCUUAUCCCCACAGGUGGUCCAACAUGGUCCCUCUCCUCCAAGGCAGAGAUUUAUCCGACCGCUCUCCUUCACCUGCCUCAACAACCAUCUCAUCCACCUACUCUGGCUCAACUUAUGAUCCAGAAGGUCAAUGGCCAAAGAACAUCCCAUGUGCAUGUUGCCGUUCGACGGUGGACCCCGAUGUCCCCGAAGGCUGGAAGAAUAAACGUGGGAAUACAAGUGUUCUGCUGAGAAAACAGUCUGCUGAAGGAGACUGGAAGAACGUGCUGGUAGAUGUCGGUAAAACGUUCAGAGAACAGGCAAUGAGGUUCUUCCCUACAUGGGGAGUGAAGACCAUCGAUGCCGUGUUGCUUACCCAUGGGCAUGCUGACGCCUAUUUCGGACUCGACGAUUUGAGAGAAUGGUGUGUAAGACAAGGGAAAGCCAUACCCGUAUAUCUCAACAAGGAAACGUUCCACAAAGUAGAAGAAACGUUUCCUUACAUGGUUGACAAGACAAAAGUAUCAGGCGGUGGUGAUGUCCCACAACUAAUUUGGAAGAUUAUUGAGGAUGAGGGUGAAUUUCAAGUUGAAGGGAUUGAUGUCAAGGUCCUUCCAGUCCACCAUGGGAUUUAUUUUCAUUCCAUUCUACCGCCUACUAACGCCGAGCCUGUGCGUGAACCUCCCGCCAAGAUCGAGCCCGAGCCUCUGAUCUGCCUGGCAUUUGAAUUCGAUGACUCGAUCAUCUACAUGUCAGAUGUCAGCGGAAUUCCUCAACGUACAUGGGACAGAAUGCUGCAGACUUCAUCUAGAAGGCAGACAAUCUUUCCGACACCAGUCGAUUCUCGCGGGGGAGAUGACACUCCUAAAGGAGUGCCUAAGAACCAGUCCAUCAGUGACCUCGCCAACCUCUCCAUCUCUCCCCGCGUCCCUGGUCGUCUCGAGCAGCUCAGAACUCAUAAUGUACCGGUGUUGAUCAUUGAUGCCCUCUGGCCGUUGCAACCGCAUGCCUCUCACUUUUCCCUCGCACAAGCUCUCAUUGCGGCUCUGCGCCUCCGCGCUGCCAAUACCUACGUCAUUGGCAGUACGCACCCGACAUCACAUUUUAUGUGGGAAGAAAUUUGCAAUUCUCUGACUCAUCGUGAUGGGCGUGACUAUGAAGUCCGUGAUCACCCUGAUGCCGCUCAGGCUGAGUGGCUUGUGAAGAGAGUGUGGGACAAGGUGUUUGGCGAAGGUGAACAUGAGGGACUGGGCGAGCGAUGGAUGGAGGAGGGAGGAAAAGUCAAGCCUGCUUGGGAUGGGCUGGUAAUCGAAGUGGGGGGCGACCAGGGGCUGGAGAGGGCUGAUUUGAGUAGCAAGGGGCUUCUCAUUUGAAAUGAUGUAUUUUCGAAUCCGUUUUCUGCUGUGACGAUAGAUCACUAGAGGGUAGAUGUGGAUAUGCAUUGUACGUAAUUGCUUGCC